CUCAACAUUCAGAAUGUGAACCCAAACAUUACCAGACCGACCUCGUAGAUUAAUUUAUUGGCAUCGCCUGUGAUUGAAUGAAUUCCCACCAGACCUGAACUUCAUCUUUUCAGCUCAACAUCUCAACCUCUCUUGAACUUCACAGUCGAGACUAUUCUUAUCCCAAAACCAUACUUGAAAUAUCUAUAUAAAUCAUUAUGUUGGAAAAAGUCACCGAUCUCGUUUAUCGGACGGGUCAUAUCGCGCCCAACCCCUCCCCCGCUGACGAUCAAUCGGCCUUCAAAUGUGCAGAGGGCGGAUCGAUCACCGAGUUCAGCCCCUCCAUCACUUCUCACCUGAACCGCAUCUACAAGCUCUUGAUUGCGUCCAAGAAGGACUUUCUCCACGAUAUCCAGCAUGAGUCGAUCGACCAGAGCCCCUCCACUGACAGCGAAAAGGAGGAGAAGCCACAGCCAGACCACCUCGCUUCCUUGGAGGCCUUUCGUGCCUACAUGGCCAGUCCGGCGUCAUCUGCAAUGAAACCAGCCAAACCGCUGGAUUUAUCUGCGCCUAUCUCGGAUUAUUUCAUCUCCUCGAGUCAUAACACUUACUUAACGGGGAAUCAGCUGUACAGCGAUGCCGCUGCCAGCUCAUAUACCAAUGUAGGUUUCCAUCUGCUUUCAAUUUGGACCUAUAAUCGAUGAAUGUUUGAAUGGUUAGACCGCGCCAUCUCUGUCGAUGUGCAGUGGUGUGUGAAUCUAUCUACUAGCAUCUGCAGUCGAUUUGAAAAUAGCCCCUUCGCUUAAGCACUAUCGCUAAUGUUUGAUAGGCGC